AUGGGUCAACAUUACCCAAGUCACGUGGUGACCUACUUAACAGCCUUCGGGAUGGAACUCGGAUGGAUUAUAGAAGCAGAAGAUAAGUUACCUUCACCGGCGUACAUCUUAACUGCCGGAUACUUCUGCACGUUCUUAGUCUCGUUGUUCCUUUUGGUGGGUCUGAUGCUUAAACAUUGUAAAUAUCUCCUCAUAUGGUUGAUAGUGAUGUUAGCCUUCUUCUUCCCAGAAUGUGGCCUUGUUCUAUAUAUGAGCCUUUAUUAUUGGGACUUAGGAACUCCGUACGGUUUAGCCGAAUUCGUAUUCUACGUCUGCAGAGCUGUACUUAAUGUUUUGUGCGUGGUUUGUAUCCAUCUUUUAUACGGAAGUUGGAGGAAGGAGAAGAGAACGCUUCACAGAUUGGAAAACUUUCAAGUCGGAACUAUAUAUAGUCAUUUAAGCUCUGUUUCGUGCGGAAAGGAGAACAAUAGCUCAGGUAACGAUUACCUGUACAGGUGCGCUAUACAGGAUGAUCCAAAUAAACGAAUCAACAGAAGUCUAUCUCUAGAUUCUUCGUACCUUAAAGACGUUAAACAUAACUGGAAUACUUGUAGACAAAUGGAGGCCUUGUAUGGACAAUUUCAUGGACACAAGAGCGAAUUCGACGUUGCUACCUUUAAUCAAUAUCUAGCAUGGCAAAUGAACUGUCCAACUUCCAUUUAUGGCACCAUCAGGUGUAGGGAUAGGUUAUCAGAUCUAGAAUUGAAUAAUAGGAGGAGACGUAGCGUUGCCCUUUAUGGCACCGUUAAUGGUUUGUACAAACCUCCUCAAAGGAAAUUACUAAAGAAAUCAAAAUCUUUGGGUGAUUUAACCAUCGAUCAUUGCAUCCUCGAGAAGUUGAAUCAAUCUUCUUUCACCUACCUACACCGUCCGAGUUCUCUCGUUAUUGAAGAAUCAGAUAACGAUUCGCUACAGAAUAUAAGCGACGUGGCGUUAUAACGGAACUUCGUU